AUGGGAAUUGUGUCCGUCGUGCAGGAUUUCUUCUCGCUAGAGACUCUAGAUCAACGUUUGACGGCACCUACGAAUGAUUCUCGUCGUAAACAGAAAUUGGGGCCAGAAAUUCAAUCUAGAUGGUCGUCAUUAGAAUUCAAGGCUUAUUGGUUAAUCUUGUGUAUAGUGCUACCGUUGAUGCUUAAGGCAGGAAUGGAUGCUACUAACUCAUGGAAUUCAAACUAUUACAAGUACCAGCAUUUGUUGAGUAAGGGAUGGAUGUUCGGAAGAAAAGUUGAUAACAGCGAUGCCCAGUAUAGAUUUUUUAGAGAUAAUCUAUUGUUACUGGUGGGUCUGAUGGUACUUCAUUUAUCUAUCAAGAAAGCUGUGCUCCAAUUUACCAAUGUACAAAAGGUGACGUUUGAUUUUUGGUUUGGGUUAGUUUUCUUAAUUGGUGCACAUGGCGUAAACUGCUUGCGCGUUUUGUUCCAUGUUCUAGUAAUGUUCACCCUAGCCAAGACAUUUAAGAGGCAAAGAGCAUUGGCAACUUUGAGUGUGUGGAUAUAUGGUAUUGGCUCCCUUUUCAUUAACAAUUCCUAUAGAAACUUACAAUACGGCCAGAUAAUACCGCUUCUGAAACCGUUGGACCAUUCAUUUAAAGGUAUCAUUGAAAGAUGGGACGUUUUUUACAAUUUUACAUUAUUGAGAAUGAUCUCAUUCGAUAUGGAUUUCUUAGAAAGAUGGAAUAAGAUUCAUUCCAACCCCGCGACUGUUCCUGCGUCAAAUAGCGUUUCACCUGAAAGAUUUGAGAUGAAACGCGCCUCCAGCACCCAAGUGCUAGAAACUAUUGAAGAAAAUGCUACUAAAUCAGUCUUGUUGGAUGAGCGUGCAAGACUUAUCGCACCGCACCAUAUUCAAGAAUAUUCCUUGAUGCGUUAUUUGGCAUAUGUUACUUAUACCCCAUUAUUUAUUGCUGGACCAAUAUUGACUUUUAACGAUUACUUGUACCAAUCUUCUCAUCAAUUACCUUCCAUCAACUUUAAAAGAAUUCUCAAAUACGCGCUGAGGUUAUUGUUCUGUUUGUUCAUAAUGGAAUUUUUACUUCACUUCGUAUAUGUGGUUGCUGUUUCAAAGACCAAGGCAUGGAAUGGUGACUCCCCAUUCCAAAUCUCGAUGAUUGGUUUAUUUAAUCUAAAUUUAAUAUGGCUAAAAUUACUUAUCCCAUGGAGAUUAUUUAGAUUAUGGGCACUUUUGGAUGGUAUCGAUCCACCAGAAAAUAUGAUACGUUGUAUGAAUAACAAUUUCUCUCCAGUUGCAUUUUGGAGAGCUUGGCACAGAUCUUAUAAUAAAUGGGUCAUUCGCUAUAUCUAUAUCCCAUUAGGUGGGUCUGGAAAUAGAAUUAUAACGUCAUUUGCUGUUUUCUCAUUCGUCGCGAUCUGGCAUGAUAUUGAACUAAAACUCUUACUAUGGGGCUGGUUGGUUGUACUCUUUUUGCUACCAGAGAUAAUGCUCUCUAGAUAUUUUAAUAAGUUCAGUAAGAAGCCUUGGUAUAGGCAUGUUUGUGCUUGUGGUGCAGUAUUGAACAUUUGGAUGAUGAUGAUUGCUAACUUAUUCGGGUUCUGUUUAGGACAUGAUGGAAUUUUACUGUUUUUCAAAGAAAUGUUUGGUACAUUUGAUGGGUUAUUGUUUUUCGCCAUAGCUAACUGUGCUCUUUUCGUCGGCGUACAAUUGAUGUUCGAAUUCAGAGCCCAAGAGAUGAGAGCCGGUAUCUAUGUAAAAUGUUAA